CCUCACAGGGUGAUUGUUUCCGGGUUUUAGGUCAGAGGUCGCGGAGGAGGUGGGGUCGCGGUCCACAUGGCAGCCUCGCACGUGGCCUCGGGGCUUGCGGAUCCCGCGGCGGGAACGGAGUCCGUGGAGUUGCGGGAGCUCGACUCGGGCAAGGGCCGGGGACUCGUGGCCAGAAGGAGAAUCCGCAAGGGAGACGUCCUGUUCUCGGAGCAGCCUGCGGUGUCCGCGCAGUUUCUCUGGAAUGAACACUACACGUAUCGAGCAUGUCACCACUGUCUCCGCGCGCUGGAGACGGCCGAGGAGAACGCGCGCCGCCUGACGGGGAACCCCGCGCUCUCCCUGCCCCACCCCGAACUCUGCCACAUCGACACGAGCGCUCACCAAGUGUGUCCGGGCUGCCAGGUGCGGUACUGUGGCACCGCUUGCCAGCAAGAGGCCGAGGCCCGCUAUCACCGCGUGCUCUGCCCGGGGCCCUCGGCGGACGAUGUCGCCCACCCGCUCACUCGGCUACGCGAGGCGUGGAGGAUGAUGCACUACCCUCCUGAAACGUGCAGCAUCAUGUUGCUGGCACGGAUGAUCGCCACCGUGAAACAGGCUGACGACAAGGAGAGCUGGGUGGCGCUGUUCUCGCGAUUCUGCAGUCGCACGGUCAACGAGCAGGAGGAGGUCGCGCACAAACUGCUGGGGAAGCGAUUCCAGGAUCAGCUGGAGCUGCUGCGAGAGCUGCUGGCCGAAGCGCUCUUCGAGGAGAGUCUUGCGCAGUGGUUCACUCCGGAAGGGUUCAGAUCGCUGUUUGCCUUGGUCGGCACCAACGGGCAGGGGAUCGGAACCAGCUCGCUGAGCCAGUGGGUUCAUGCGUGCGACGACCUGGAGCUCCCCGCGGAGCAGCGCGAGCAUCUCGACUUCUUCAUCGAGCAGCUCUACCGGGACAUCGACAACGUGUCCGGGGACUUCUUGAACUGCGAAGGUUCGGGCCUCUACGUCCGGCAGAGCUGCUGUAACCAUAGCUGUGUGCCCAACGCGGAGGCCACUUUCCCCGAUAACGACUUCACACUCCACCUCACGGCGCUGAGCGACAUCGAGCCUGGGGAGGAGAUCUGCAUCAGCUACCUGGAGGGCUGCCAGCGCAAGCGCAGCCGACACAGCCGACAGAAGAUCCUGCGGGACAACUACUUGUUCACCUGCGCGUGCCCCAAGUGCCUAGCUCAGGCCGGAGAUCCGGAUGAGACCUCCGAUGAGGAUGAGGACGAGGAGGACGACGAGAACGAUGACGAGAACGAGGCCGACGGCGAAAUGACCGACAUCUGACACGGCGGCGCCAAGCGCCGUCUUAAAUCCCGCGAGCCGGUGACACAACAGAACUCAUUGGCAACGCUCCCGACGAUGCGGAUGUCGUCCCAUAGCUCCACCCCUCGCUCGGACCGCCGGUCGCUUGCAACCCCGGAAACAGCACGUGGGAGUGUUUUUGUAUUCCAUAUUUUGUUGCAUGCUGCUCGCUCUCGUGCUCUCAUUCCGGCUCGGGCCAACUCUUCGCACUGCAUUUCAUGGUUGUGAAAAGUAAUUGGCGCAUGCCUGCUUGCCCCUCCCCCCCCAUCGCAGUCGUUAAUAAACGAGACCUGAAUGCAA